AUGCAUCUCGAGCCCGUAUUCGCCGUAGCUAGUCCUCAACGUUCAACGUCAACGUUCAGUUCAACAUCCGUGGACGUAGUGGCGCAGAGUCUGGGUCUCUGUGUGCAAACUGCGCCACGAAGUGUUCGGUCGUGGGACCCGGCGAUCAAAACAAUCAAAUUUGGAGAUCUCGGCUUUAAUCCCCUAAUUUUAGCGCCGGAAGACCUGUUCGCGUUCCUCUCGGACGGCCUUGCUUCAGAACCUCAAACUACUCUCGUCGACGUGUCGAGGAACGAACAAGGCUUAAAUAUGGAGACUGAAGCGCAGCGGCUGAAAGAAAAGACUACGAGGAGAGCGGCCAUCCUCGAGACGAAGAGGAAACGCGCAGAAGAGCUAAAAGACGAGGGAAAAAAGCAUUUCCGGCAACAGCGCUUUGUCGAAGCCGCUACGUCCUACGAGCAGGCCAUCAUGACAUAUGGCCCGCGUGUGGUGUACAUGAACAACCUCGCUGCGGCAUACCUGAAGCUCGAAAGAUAUGACGAUGCGGAAACAUGCGCAGAACAAGCUCUGACGCGUGACCAUACGCUGCACAAAGCGCGUUACCGUCGUGCCCUGGCGAGGAAAGGCCUCGGCAAGCUGCGCUCAGCUGCAGCAGACCUCGCCAUCGUCAUGGCCCAAGACCCGGCCUGCGCUGAAGCGGGGCGCGAACUCAACGCCGUGAGCGACAUGCUUGAUAACAUUGGAGACGAAGCCUACGACGCGGACGACGCGAGGGAGACAAUGGAUGAGCUGAGUAUGCCAUUACCGGACGACCCCUAUUUGGACGGCGCAGAGGACACGCCGUGGCUGUCCGAGACGAGCGACUUUGAGCACGCAGGCAACGCCGUGUCGUCCCGCUUUUACAACCACGACGGCUGCAAGAAAGGACGCAACUGUCCGUUCAGCCACGCACCCGACAACCAGAGCGUGCGCGACAAUCUCGGCCGGAACGUCUGCCUGUUCCACAUGCUCGGGCUCUGCAAGUUCCCCGCGGCCGAUUGCGUCUACACACACGACACGCACGAGCUCCCGCACGGGCCGUGGGCCGAGCCGACGUGGGGCGCACGGAACCGCAGGAUGCUCGAGCCGAGCGGCGUGGAACACAGCGCGCAGGUGCUCGAGCAGCUCGCGCCGCUGCUGAAGCCGACGCAGCCGGUGACGCGAGAGAGCCUGCUGCCGACGACCAGGCUGCGCGAGCUCAAGGAGGCGGGGACGGCGUACAUGACGAGCUUCAUGAAGAACGUGCCCGCGGCGAUGGUGCCUGGCCUCGCCGAGAUCUAUCGUGGUGCGCCGGGCAGGGUCAGGCGGGGAGAGGUGCCUGGGACGAGUCGGAGGGGCAAGGCCAAGGCUGAAGGUAAAGGAAGCGGACGAGGGAAGGACAAAGGCACAGGCAAGGGCAAAGGCAAGAGCCAGAGAGCGGGGAGCUCGAAGGAUUAUUCAGAUCAUUGGGGCGAGUCAGAGAUCGAUGAGGAGAUGGAAGAAAGGGCGGCGAACAUGGGGUUCACAAAUGAUGAGGUCCAUGAGCUGCUCUCUCAGGGUGUUAAGCCUUGGGACGAUGAUGCUUGGGAUGUCAUGGAUGUUCUGCGAUCCUCCUGACUACGGUGAUAUUGUGUACUCAACGGACUUGCAACUAUACUUAUCAUAUC